GUUUUGAAUGUUUAAGAGGAAAUGGUUCCUUUUCCAACAUUGCUUAACGUGAAGAGCAGUGAUGAAAAGAAGAAAAAAGUUGUUUAUGAUCUUAAAGAAGCCGGUCGGCUUGUAAAGAUGGCCAAGUACUUGAGACAAUUGAUGCCAGAUACUAAAAAAGGUACCAUUACCAAAGAUAUCACAAAAGCAGUGAAAGAAGCAAAGCGAGGUGUACCUUUCAAAAAAGUCAAAACUGCAAUUGUGCAUGUAGGAAUUGGGAAGGUUAGUUUCCAAGAUGAGGCACUGUGUGAAAAUGUUGGCUCAUUUGUACACGAUUUUUUGCGUCAGAAGCCUGCUGGCCAAAACAAACAGUGUAUCGGGAAACGAAGAUGGAGGAUGACUGGCUUGCUGCUUCCGCCGACGGUGUAGUUGACAGGUUUGUUUAUCAUUUGCCAUCCAGAGGGGUUCUGGAGAUCAAGUGCCCUUUCUUCAAAGGUGAUAUGAGUGCUGCAACUCCUUGGAAAAGAAUUCCCAUUUACUAUGUUCCACAAGCUCAGGGUUUAAUGGAAAUAUUGGAUCGAGAUUGGAUGGACUUUUAUGUUUGGACUACAAAAGGAAGCAGUUUGUUUAGGUUGCAUCGUGACGAAGAAUAUUGGGAACUCUUGAAGAUUGCACUUUCUGACUUUUGGUGGAAGCACGUCCAGCCGGCGAAGGAGUUGUACAAGAGAUCGGAGAUCAAAAAUCCCCUUGUCGAACUGCGCUCCUAUAAACCAAAACCUAAGCAUGAAUUGUUCCGGUCUAUCAUCUAUGAAAGCAGACGUGUGCUUGAUAAUUCUGUGUUGCUUAUGCGUGAAGUUGAUGGAAAAUUGCAAAGCUGAGAUUCCUUUAGAAAGAUUCAGUGGUACUUCUUCUACAAGCAUACUUGAAGUGGAAGAUCACAUGCAUUGACAUGGGCCAGUUGAGCAAAUGAACUGGCCCAUGUUAGAGCAGAUGUUAGGGCAAAGUUGGCUCAAACUCUUAUGGAGAUAAGUUAAGUUGGAAAUUGCUGUUGUCGACCCAAUAACAACCUUCAAAUAGGAGCGGGAAGUGGUGAUUGCGAAUCCCCAUGUGUUGGUUGUCCAUUGCACUCCAUGCUACUACAUAUGACGUGUUCUACGACAGUCAUAUGUUAUAUUCCAGAGCAUGCAAAAAAUUAUGCUGCAGUUAUGUAUAAGUACUAUGUCGCUGAUGACGUGUUACUUAUUGAAAUGUGUCACCGUCUCAUUUAAAAGUUUAAACUGUUAAAGGGAACAGUCUUUUAAUUACCUUAA